GUGGAAGGUGUCCUUUCCCAUGGUAGGUGGAAGUAUUCAGAUGAUCUUUAAGGCCCCCACCAACCCUAACCAUUCUGUGGCAAGCUGGGCAGAGUCCUCAGUGUGUGUCUUGGCUCGACUCAGGAAACCGAUGGGGUAAAAGCCACUUCCUUUGAUGUACAAUUAGUUACCACAAGUACGGGCAGCUGAAUGCCCAGCACCACAGAUGAGGAGCCACAACGGAGGGCUCUGUGCCAGGCCACUGGCCAUUGUCUUGGUCAGCCUGGAGACAUCGGGGGAGCCUGAAGUACUUCUGAUGUGCUGCAGCGGGUGCUGGGGGGCUGUGGCAUGUCCAUGGGUGCAUCGCCCAAGCCUGGUUGGCUUCAUUCACGGGGGCUUGGGGGUCAGGACGCAGCCGGGCCUUGCUUUGCCCCCAGAGCUGGCUCUGUCGCAGCCCCGGGGAUAGGACGGGGGGCGCCUCUCCCCCUCGCUCCCCCCAGCCCACCCACCGCCGCCAGCGGACAUUCCCGCCCCGGCCCCGGCAGCUGCCGCGGAUCCGGCUCAGCGCCGCCCCCGGCCCCCCCGCAGCGCCUGCCGGCUCCCGCCGCUCGGGGUCUCCGCACCGCUGCCGCUGCCGGUGCGGCGGCGCGGGGGGCGGGCUGGGGGCGGGCCGGGGGCCGCGGCGCGGCCGUCGGGCCCGGCGCGCCGGCUCGGGGGCCGGGGAGGACCAUGCACCGCGCUGCCUCCAACCAGCGCUCGGUCUCCUCCUCCUCGGGCUCCUUCCAGCCGCCGCCGCCGCCGCCGCCGCCGCCGCUGCCGCACGCCGCCGACCGGCAGCCCCUCUUCCCGGGGGGCUCCAACAGCGGCGGCAGCCGGCGGGGCUCGGGGUCGAGCUCGGGCUCGGCGCGGGCCCGCCGCACCCGCAGCCCCCGCAGCAGCACCGAGGAGGAGGAGGAGGAGGAGGAAGAAGAAGAAGAGGAGGACAGCAUCAGCAUCAGCAAGCCUCUGGUGCCGCCGCCCGCCGCCCCGCCGCCAGCCGCCGCCUCGCCGCUCCCUAGCAGCGGCAGCAGCAGCAGCAGCAGCAGCGGCGGGAGCCCGGGCCGCAGCAUGACGGCGGCGGAGCUGUACGGGGCGGCGGCGGGCGGCGGGACGGUGGGCGGCGGGGCGGCGGCGGCGGCGCUGCUAGGGCCCGGCGGGGCGGCGGGCGGGAGGCGCUGGGGCUUCCAGGCGCUGUCCCUGGUGCUGCUGCUGGGGCAGGGCGCGCUGCUGGACCUGUACCUGAUCGCAGUCACCGACCUGUACUGGUGCAGCUGGAUCGCCACCGACCUGGUGCUGGCGGCCGGCUGGGGCAUCUUCUUCUGCCGCAACAGCCGGGCGCGCCGCCGAGAGCGGCCCCCGCCGCCCCCCGGGCCGCCUCCGCCGCACCCGCUGCUGCUGCACGGCCCCCCCGGCGGGCGCGGGGCCGGGGGCCGGGGGGGCGGGGUUCCCCCCCGCGGCGGCGACUUUGCCUACGCUCACCUCGCCUGGCUCAUCUACUCCAUCGCCUUCACGCCCAAGGCGGCGCUGAUCCUGGGCACCUCCAUCCUGGAGCUGAUCGAGCUGCGCCUGCCGCUGGGCACCACCGGCUUCCGCAUCACGCUGGCGCUCUCCGCCCCGCUGCUGUACUGCCUGCUGCGGGCCAUCGGCACCGAGGGCGCCGGGCAGCUGCUCCUGCCGCCGCAGCCGCCGCCGCAGCACCGCGCCGCCGCCGCUUUCCUCGCCACCUGCCUCGACCUCCUCGACAGCUUCUCCCUGCUGGAGCUGGUGCUGCAGCCCGGGCGGCCGGCGCCGCUGCCCGCCCCGCUGCGCUACCUCCUCAUCGCAGUCUACUUCCUCUGCCUGGCCUCGCCGGUGCUGUGGCUGUACGAGCUCAGCGCCGCCCGCCCCCCCGGCGCCGCUCGCCUCGCCCUCCACCUCCUGCUGCCCGCCGGGCUGCUGGACGCCCCGCUCCUGGCGCUGCGCUGCCUCCUGCUCCUGCGCUACCAGCAGCCGCUCUCCCUUUUCAUGUUGAAGAACCUCUUCUUCCUGGCCUGCCGCGGCCUGGAGGCGCUGGAGACCUGCUGCCUCCUCCGCCCCGCCGCCGCCCCGCCGCCCGUCAAGUACGGCCCCGGCGCUGCCGCUCCCGCCGCCGCCGCCCCGCUGGCCCACGGGCUCUCGGACGCCGACGUGGGGCCCCACGGGUACGUGAACGCCUUGGCGGUCACCGCGCAGGGCUGAGCCUCCCCCGGGCCGCCGCCCCCCGAGGGGCUCCCCGCAGCGUCGCUGCGGUCCUGCUCAGGUUCCCGCCGCCGCGGCCGAGCGGGAGAAGGGCUCUCGCUC